CCCGACUAUCGAUCGCCCAUGCCUGGGUGACUGAGCGAUGACCUUCAUCCCCCAUCCAUCCAUGAGUGAGUGAAUCUAUUUGUGCGUUCGUUUACCCAUCCACCCACCGCACGGACGAAGCCAGCCAAUGAAUGUCACAGCAGCAGGCAAUCGGUCUCUCUACACUACGCGUCGAUCUGCUUGGCCUCGUCGUGCAUCUCGCCGUGCAUGGUGGUGGCGAGGUGUGCCUUGAGCUGUUUGAUGAGCGGGAGAGGGCUCCGGUUGGACUUCUUCAUGUCGGUGAUGGUCUCGAUGGCCGUCCGGGCGAAGUCGGCGUCCUCGUGAGCUAUCCUGUCCAGUCUCCUGUUGCGCAUGAGACACAGACACCAUGUUAGUGUCAAUCCAUGUGUGUACGAGCCUUGCAGAUCAGAUAGACUCCACUCCCACUCACUUCUGCAUGCUGGCACGCUCAUCGUCUUUCGCUUUCUGAACAGCGGCACAACACAAACAAGACAGACAACUGCCCUUCCUGCUGUGCUGACGGGCGACACACGGCAAUCAGUCAAUACAAGCGAGACCCACCUUACCUGGACUUCCCAGGCCUUCAGCUCUGCCAGCUGUCGGUUGAAUGCGGCGAGGUCCUGCAGCUCCUUGAACCGCCGUCUCCGGUCCUCGUCGUCCCGCUCGCACAUGGCACUGAACGACGAGUGCCAGUGCUGCAACAUCCGCUGAUCCUCCGCUCUCCGCGCCUCCUCGUUCGCCUGGGCAAAGGACAAGGAAGAGAAGAGCAAGUCUCUUCCCUGGUUUGUUACAGGCACACUGUGUGUGUGUGUGUGUGUGUCUGUGUGUCUGUGUGUCUGUGUGUCUGUGUGUCUGUGUGUGUGUGUGUGUGUGUUGGCUGCCUUUUUCAUGGCGAGUUGCUGUGCUCUGUGCUCUUCGAUCAUCUGUCUCUGCAGGCGGGCCUGCUCCUCUUUGGCCAUGAAUUUGGCGUCCUCCUUGGCCUUGAACUCUGCUGCCUGAUCGUUUGAUGAAUGAGAGAAAGAGGGGAUGUUUUGGCUUGUUAGUUUCGUCCUCACCUCCCUCUCAGCUCUUGUCUCGUCAGCCUCAUGAAUGGCCUGCAGCAGUCUGGCCUGUUCGUCGAUCAUCCUCUGCCUGGUGGCCAGCUUGGCGUUGAAGAUCUCCUCGGACCUCUUCUGCAUCUUCUCCUGCAUCUCCUCCUUCCGCUUGGCCCAGCCGGAGAUGGCGGCGUCCUGCUCGGCCUCCACCUGACGCUCGCGCUGCUUGAGCUCCUCAAAGUACUUGUUGGACUUGACCGUCUCUUCCAAGGUUUUCUGCGCCAUCUCGCGGCGCUUGACCUCGGCGGUGCGCUCGGCGAUGAUGUCCUCCUCGGCCUUCUUCUUGAGCAUCUCGCCCUGGAGGAUCUCAUCCUGGAUCUCUUGCAGACGCCUGCGCUUCAUUUCUUCCAGCUGCUCGGCGCGCUCCUUCUGUGUCUCGGACACCUUCUUCUCCCGCUCUAGGGACUCGGCAACCUCCCUCUCAAGCGCUCGGCGAUACGCCUGCAGCGCAUACACAACAAAUUGAUGGUCAUGUGUGUUGCCUGCAUGCCGUCUGUCAUCGACCUGCUGUUCUUGCUCGAGGUGGAAGGCCUCCCUUUGUUUCUCGAGCGCACCGAGCUCCUCCUUGAGCGUUCGCUCCUCCUCCCAGUCAGUGUGGAUGUCUGUGAGCAUGGCGUUGCCCUGGAAAGCCCUGAAGUGCUCGCCGUGCUGCCGAGACAGCUCCAGGGCCCGGCCGAUGGCCUUCUUCUUGAGCUCCUUCUGGUAGGCAGCCUCCUCGUUGUCCACCGCCUUUGCAAACCAACCCAUUACAGACAGACAGACACCGUGCUGCUCGUGCUCCCUGGGCAUGAUUGGCUCGUAACACGUGUGUGCUGAGUGUGCUGACCUGCUUGGCUGCCUCCUCGUCUGCCAGGCGCUUCUUUCGCAUCUCUAUCUUCAGUCUUCGCGCACCUGAAAAUAGAGGAAGGAACGAAGGCAUAUUGAAGGGCCCCUGGCCAUUUGGCGAUGGUUCGGCUCACCCUGCAGCGUGUUUGACCACCGCGAGGCCCUCUCCUGCGACUUUUUGUGGAGUGCGAGGCGGUCUUCGGUGCCGUCGUCCUUGCUGUCCUCAGCAAGGGACGAACGGGCCCUCAUUUUCUCCAGCUCACUGGCGCAUAUCACCAUCUGUGUGUUUGCAGCUUUGAGCUCCGCCAUUUCACGACGC